AACUAUCGAUAUUAGUCCUAUAGAAUUGUGCAAUUCCUUGUUAUAUUUCUUUGUGACAUGCAGUCCAUUCUUGUGACGGUGUGUUUCUUUCUUUCCUUCAUCUUUUGUUGCUCAGCAUUCUGUUACUCAUUGAUGCCAUCACAACAUGGCACACAAGCUUCCAAAUACCACUGUAAUCUGAAUGGCGUUGGUUUAGCGGCGGGAGAAACCUACACGAACAUGACCAGCUGUCUCAAGUGUCACUGUGCUGAGAAUCAUUAUGUAUUCUGCUGCUCAAUGACAUCCAGUUACAUGUUGCCAGAAGGUUGUGUCGUCAUAACUAAGGACUGUGUUCAGGAGAUUGUCUACGAAUCUGACGGCUCUCAAUGUCAGCCAUUGGCGGCUGUAGGGAAGUGACGUCAUUGAAUGAAAAUGACGUCACUGAAUAAGACGUGUAAAAUUCUGAAUAAAUGAAUGGUUUCUUUAUUAUUGACAGAAUAUAAUAAAGAA